CUGAGUGCCAGCCAGUUGGACUCAGCAGCAGCUGCGGGCCACCAAGCGGCUGGAGGAGACCCGAAAAUGAGUCAGUUUAAGGACCGGUUCGUGGCGGUGCUCCAUGAGAGGAACUCUGUGACAGAUCAGUUGGCAAAGUUGGAAGAGAAAACGGGGGUUAAGAGAGAAUACCUCGCCCUGGGCUUUCUCUGUCUUCUGGGACUCUACCUUCUCUUUGGAUAUGGGGCCUCACUGCUCUGCAACCUGAUUGGUUUUGUUUACCCAGCAUAUUUCUCCAUCAAGGCCAUUGAGAGCAACGUGAAGGAGGACGACACACAGUGGCUCACCUACUGGGUGGUUUACGGCCUCUUCAGUGUUGUUGAAUUCUUCUCUGACAUCUUCCUCUUUUGGUUCCCAUUUUACUAUGCCAGCAAGUGUGUCUUCCUGAUUUGGUGUAUGGCUCCGGUGUCGUGGAACGGCUCUGAGAUCUUGUACAAGAAGGCGAUCCGGCCGUUUUUCCUGAAACACCAGGCCACAAUGGACAGCAUGGUCAGCGAUCUGAGCACCAAGGCCAAGAACAUAACUGACACCGUCACAAAGGAGGGUGAGAUACCCACUGUGUACAUCUGUUAACCGAGCUCUCAACCAUGACAAGGCCCAGUGAGAAACAUGGAAAUCCUGCCGUGUAUGAGUGACUGAGUAAGGCUGUGUGUGUGUGUGUGUGUGUGUGUGUGUGUGUGUGUGUGUGUGUGUGUGUGUGUGUGUGUGUGUGUGUGUGUGUUGUUUGCCUUUGGUUUUCCCGCCCCCUGCCUUGAUAAAUGGUGUUGACUGGCCCCCCCUCCUCCAUCAUUUAAUGAGGUGAAGCCAGCUCACAGCCGUCGGUACUGCCAAGACAAUCUGUGAAACUGUGACUUUUUUGUGUGACCUUACUCUCUGUGACCUUAUCAACGUCAAAAUAAACUGCCCAUUGAGCCUGUGUGACAGAUUCCUGAGGUUAAUAACAGAGUCAUUAAAACAGCUUGCCUUAAAAUGGAUUCAUUGAUCAUAUUUUCUCACAUUGAUUAUCAGAAACUGGACCUGAUCGAACUGGAGCCGUCAUUGGUGUCUUUUCUCUUACUAGCCUUAUUCUACCAUUGACCAGCCAGACUUUAGCCUCUGUUUGAGUCACCGUUUACUCUGUGUUUAACAAUAACUGGACAGAUUUUUUGUCUUUUAAUGUCUUAAAUAAUUUAUAAUCUUAUACUCAUGAAAAAUAAAGUGAUUCUUGAACCCA